GUCCAUUUUCUGUUCAGGUUGUGGAGCGUCUGCUGUCUCUGCCGGUGAAUUACUGGAGUCAGUAUGUGAUGGCGGAAAACGUGCAGUCCAAUUUGAAUCAUUUGAUCAUCGAGAAUGCAAACUGCUACGCCACCCCUGAGAGAGUGAGCAUCCUCGGACCCAUUACCACCCCAGAGCAGCAACUAAACAAAACGCCCUCCUCCAGCUCGCUGUCUCAGCGUAUGAAGUCCUCUCUAACACCCAGAUUUGGGAGCAAGAGUAAAUCAGCAGUGGGAUUUCCUCACCAAGGGAAGUUCUUCUCUUCUCCACUCCUCAAAUAAGUACAGCUCAGCUCCAACGUAUCCAAUCUUACUCAGAUUCAUAUUGGUCUAUAAUUAAAAGUGAUGUGAUUUGUUUAUAAAAGAUUGUUUGAACCCAAAUAGUAGGUUUAGUGUUCUGUUGCCUUUACCAAAUCCUGGAGAUACCGCUUCCAUUUCAGUUCUUUACAAAAAAAAAGUUGGAUUUUCUAAAACAUGUUUGCAGAUAAGUCAUGAUAUGUAUGUGCAGCUUAUAUUGUGGCUACUUGUUUGUUUAAAGGCUUUUCAGCUCAUGUGUCACUCAGAAACUGAAGAACCGUGAGGCAUUUCAUUCUAGGAUAUACUUAGGAGUGCUUAUUUUGUAGCGUGCGUUUCAGCUUAACAUUUGAUUUGUUUUUUUGUGAUGAAUGUCUUCAUUAGCCGGCGGUUUGUACUCUAAAUGUGUAAAAUCAUUUAAUCUAUGUAGUUGUUGGCUUCAAAGGAUCGUUAAACGGCAGAGCUUUCUCAUAGACAAGAUCUUGUUGGUCAUUUAGUAACUGAUUCAGUUGUGCGUGCGUGCUUUUUUUUUUUUGUCUUCCCCCUGAGUGUCUUGAGAAAAGCAACAAAAUAAAUGUUUCAAAGUUGCACUGCUAAUGAUCAUUACAGGUUUCCUGCCUGAUUAUUUCACUCCACUCCUGUCUGUAACGUUUACACUGCUUACGGGCCGAACGAUCCGUCUCUGGAACAAUUAGGCGAUUGUUUUGUUAGCCAGUUUAGGAACUGUGGCAUUAUUUGGUCAUAUAUCGACAUGUUCUUGUUCAAAUGUGUGCUCCUUGAGAUCCCUGUACAUGAUAAAAUACAUUUCUAACACUUGCAAA